AUGGCAGCGAAGGUACCCAUUACUCAACCGGAUUUCUCCUCUACUCUGGAUGCUGAUGAGCUUUUCGUGAGAAAUAGCAUAUCAGAAUUACGUGUCAUGGAAACGAAUAUUAGGACCGAUAUUGAGAACAAAAAACAAGAACUAAGACUAAUGGUUGGUGAGCGAUACCGUGAUCUGAUAGAUGCUGCUGACAGUAUAGUCAAUAUGCGUCAUUGCUCUCUAUCAAUUCAAGAAGAACUAUAUAAUAUGCAAGAUUCUUGUAAUGUUUACUCGUUAAAACAAACUGUUAGCGCGCAAAUUGAUGAAGAUAAAAAAGGCACAAAAGAUGAUAAGAAAUAUCAUUUAUAUUCUUCGGCUGCGCAGAUUAAAUUAUUGGUGGAUGUACCAGAACAGAUUUGGCGCUCAUUAGAGAAUCACAAAUAUUUGAAUGCUAGUCGUUUAUAUUUGAUUGCAAAGCUUGUAUAUAAAAAUCUUCAAGUACACAACGAAGAUGCUCCUUUUAGUGUUUCAACCACAUUUCCAGUAGUGCAACGGCAAUGGGAUGCUGUCAGUCACUUUAAGACACAAAUCCUGCAGAAAUCAACACAGUAUCUAAAAGUAGUAGAACAAUCUGAACAGAGCCUUGCAGAAACAUUGAGUGCUAUUAUGCUUCUGGAUGAUGUGACCAUGAAAGAUGUAUUUAAAAUAUUUCUUGAAAUGAGAAAAUCCUCAUUACUACAAAUUCUAAACAAGUCAGAAAAGGACUCUUUAACUCUUUUAGAACGCUUAAAAGAGAUGAUUCGAAUUAUUCGUGCUACAAUCUUUCAAGUUGGAUUGGUAUUCAUGCGAACUGGAGAUGAAAAAUCAUUAUUUGAAUCUUAUCUUUAUCAGUUACAACAAGGAUUUACAAUUCAAGAAGAUAAUAUUCAAUCGGCAACGACUGCAAUGUCUCCGCGCGAGUCAAAAUCAUCUUUGACUCGUCUUUAUUCGUCCUCAACAAAUAUUCAUCUACUUAUUCGAUAUCUUCCCGAAUCAAUACAAACAUUUACUCCGUUCCUUCACACUACUGGCACACGAGGUCAAUUUCCUCAAGAUGAUGUCAUAAUGCAUACGCAUCAUUGGGUCGAUCUAGUUAUUGAAGAAUUUCGAGAGAAAUUGGGCUCUCUGCUUGCCGAUAUCACUUUUGUGACGGAUCUGUACGAUCUACGUAAAGCUAUAUGGGAGAUAUUGACAGAGGAUGAGUAUAGCAAUAUUAGAGGCUCAAUUUCACAGGAACCAAAAAGCGAGAGGAUUCAUCGAACUAGUUUAGGAUUUAUCUUGACAUUACAAAAAACAAACUGGUCUUGGUGUUUUGUGUGUAAUAUUGUCCUUAAUAAGACAUUCUCGAUAUGGAAUGAUGUGUUACGGUAUGGAUUUAAUCAACGAUUUAAAGAUAUAAUUUCGUCCUCUUUAGCUUUAUUAUCAAGUCAGCCCGAAAAUAUAUCCAAAAAUUAUUUACCUCGAAUUCAAAUUCCUACAAAUGAAGAAAGACAUCUUGGCAAAUUUAUAUGGGAACAAUCAAACAUUGUACUUUCUGAUACAAGCAAAUUAAUUGACGAAACAACUGGCUCGACUUUGAAGAUUCGCAUACAGAGUCUGGUCUAUUCUCAGACAUCAAGUAUUCACGACGCAAAAGAAUCUUUUGACAAAGUAUUAAAAAACAUGCUUCUUGAUCUGAAAUCAACAUUCACACUGACUGGAUUCACAAUGAGAGAUGAGAAUAAUGAUUUAUUUAAUGCGAUUAGCGAUACCGAAAAACUUUUUGUUUUCUUUCAGGACGCAUUAUUAAGAUCUGUGGAGUUAUAUCGAGAUAAAUUGAAUGAUUUGCUCGAUGAAAAUAUUGGACUUCUUGGAAAAGGUCGAGAGGUGGAUCAAGAGGAAGCAAUCAAUUGUUUAUCUAGACGGUUACUGAUUGGUCGAAUUGCGCAGGCGAUCGCUUGCGAUUCCAUCUAUUUAGCUUCCGCAUUUAAUGCACGUGGAAUUAAUGGAGAAUACAAAAAUUCUCGAAGAUCUUCAGUACCUGAUCCAAGACUCUUAUCUCUAAGUCGAAUGCUUCUUGAAGUCUAUACAAAUGCACAUUAUCUUUGGAUUGAAUGGGUUGUGUGUAAGGCACGGGAAACUAUUCAAACAUUUCUGAACAGUUCACCGUGGAAAGAAGCAAACAUGCAAACCUUGAUUUGGGAAGUCGUGUCGUCACAAGACAAAUCCAACGGUGAAAUUGAGGAAAGCGAGAAAAUGCGAUUACCGUCACAGCCAUCAAGCAUUCUUAUGAAUUGCUUGUUUAAUGUUUGCCAGGAAAUAAAUCGUAUAGGAAGUCCUACCCUAAAUAAGACUAUAAUCAGAAACCUAUUAAAAAGUCUAUCCAAAGCAAUCUUCACACUUUACGAAUCAUUCAUCAAUAAUCCAGAACAACUCAAAAACGUAUCCGAAAAAGGAGCAAUUCAAAUGCUAUAUGACGUGAAAUUUCUAAAUAAAGUUUUUGAAGGCUGUUGGUCAUUUCAUCUGAAUAUCAAUAAUGGUAAUGAAAAUUUUCUCAUGUGGGAUGGGCUACCCGAAAUCGUUGAAAAACUAUCUAACGAGAUUAAAUUAAAGAUUGAUCCGAUAGAUUUGGUAGUUUUCGAGCCAUACCUAAACAAAAAUGUAGAGCGUCACUAUACUCGCAGCGCAAUCUUACUGGGAAUAUUACUUCAAUUGAAUCCUAAAAUUUCAGAUACGCGACGUAAAGGUUUAGGAAUUCAAGAUUACCAUAAUGUUUUGCCAGUUGUACCACAAGCAGCUCGCUUUACAUUAUUACCAUUAAGCCAAGGAUGUGGCACUAUGGGUGUAGCUAUUCUUUCCGGCAUCAUAGAUAGUAUAGGAGACGUGGCUACAGUUGAAACUCCUUUGUCACUAGAUCUGACUAAUCAUGCUGCUUUCUUUGCACCACAAAAAUUCAUUGCCUGUGUCUCACAGGAAGAAUCUGCGCAACGUCUUGUACGAACCUUUACUGACGAAAAAAUAACCGUAUUAACGCGCAAAAACGUGGAGGGUGCUAAAGAAGCGCAGGUUAUAUUAUUGUGGUUGGUUCGUCAAAAUUCAAAACCUCAAACAGCUAAAACAAUUCUAACAGAAGAAGGAAUGUUUGAAGCAUUAGAGAAUAAAGUACUGAUUAGUAUAUUGGCAGGCGUACAGAUUAAUCAAAUUAAACAGUGGGUACCUGCUUCCACGAAAAUCAUACGUGCAAUGCCAAAUACGUGUUGCCGAAUUCGAGAGGGUAUGACCGUGUUAAGCUGUCAGCCGAAUAUUGUUGGUGAGGAGAAGGCGUUCGCGUCUUGGGUGUUUUCGACAUUGGGUAGAUCGAGAUUCUUAGAUGAGAAACAUUUGGAUGCAGUCACCGGACUUUCUGGAAGUGGACCUGCUUUUGCUUGCGUUGUGUUGGAAGCUUUAGCUGAUGGAGGAGUAAUGAUGGGACUUCCUCGUGACGUCGCAUUAGAAUUAGCAGCACAAGCUUUACAAGGAGCUGCACGAAUGGUAUUAGAGACAGGAAAACAUCCAGCCGAAAUCAAAGAUAGUGUGACUACACCAGCUGGAUGUACCAUCGCCGGAUUACUCACCAUGGAAGAUGGAAAGAUUAGAUCUACAUUGGCAAGAACUAUUCAGGAAGCUACCAAAGUCGCGUCAACUUUGGGAAAUGUUCAGGCGAAAUAA